GAGCCAAUAAUAUUAGUUAUGGAAAAAUCGAUAAAUUCGAUUUCACCAACAGAUAUUACAAAGGCAUUAACAUCGACAGAUAUUUAUGACAAGAAUUUUGAAAAAAAUUGCUAUCGUAUUAAAAUUGUUCAAUCGAAUGUAGACACUUAUUGGAAAAGAAAUGAAUCUGUAUUUAAGUAUGAAAUUAUAGCUGAAAAUAAUAUUUUGAGUUCUUCAGACUUAAUAAACAUUUACAAUACUUCUAUUUAUGAGAAUUACGAUCACAGCGAUAAUACUUCAAUCCAAUAUAUAAAUAAUGAUUCUGUAUUUGUGUUUAACUCCAGUAAAAUUGCCGAUAGCGAAAUUUACGGGUUGGCGGGAUCUCCAUUGAUUUGUAAUGCCCCCGAAAAAAGUGAUCAGUUUUCAUUGACAGGAGUUUUGAUUGAUACAAUAAACAACUUACCGAUGUAUUUUGUUGUUAAUGGAAAAUGGCUGGAGCAAAAAUUGAAUUUUUUAAGAACUCUUUGAACACUCAAACUUCAUUCAUGUCUUUUGUAAUUCUUUCAUCUCUUGUUUAAAAAUUUGUUUCAAUUCCAAAGUUAAAUUUUAAUGAUAAUUAUUUUCAUCCGUCAAUAAUAGUUCACUUUAAUAAUAUCAACUCAGGAAUAAUGAAAAUUUUGUCUUUGCUAUUCUUUUAAAAUUAAAAUUUAUUCAUGUAUAAUUUUUAUUUUACGAAUAACUACGGUAGAGGUACCAUUUGUGGCCACUGUACCAUUUUUGGAUAUUUGAUACUUUAUUUUAAUUAAUAAAAAAGUCUAAAAUAAAAUUACCAUUUCAACUCUCUUUGUACUCAUUUUAAAAAUUAAUCAUGUUAUUGCGUCUGUUACAAAUUAAUUUAUAAAUUUUUGAAGUGUCCACAACUGGCAUUAAAGUGGCGAAAAACGGGACCUCUACCCUAUAUUUCAAUAAAAUUUUUAG